AUGGGGAAGCCCCUCGAUGUCGAGCAGGGCGGCGCGGGAGGCGCCGCGGUCGCCGGUGGAGGCGGAGGAGGAGGGGUGCGGGCCGUCGCCGGCGCGAUCGGCCGGUCCGUCUCGUUCCGGUGCGUGUUCGUGCUCGCGCUCGCCGUCGGGGUCCUCGUCCCGGCGCUGUCCCUCCUCCUGCCGUCCCGCCCCAAGGGGUACAUCUCCGACGACCCUGACGUGCUCGCCGCUCAAAUCAAGGUUGGUUUCACGUUGGAGAAGCCUGCGUCAUUCCUCACUGCUCACAUGGACAGAAUAGGGAGUGACAUAUUUGAAGAGAUUGGUGUACCUAAUAGUAAGGUUUCUAUUGUUUCGAUGAACUCAUUAACUUCUAAAUACUCCACACAUGUGGUUUUUGGUGUUCUUCCUUACCCAAAAGAUGCUUCAAUAAGUUUGCCAGCCCUUAGUGUACUGAGAUCAUCCUUAGUUGGGAUGAUGCUGCAGCAGCUGAACCUGUCCUUGACACCAUCACUCUUUGGACAUCCAUCUUCCAUUGAGCUCUUGAGAUUCCCUGGAGGAAUUACUGUUGUUCCUGUGCAGUCUGGUUCUGUAUGGACGAGCACAGUCCCACUAUUCAACUUUGUGCUGAACAACUCCGUUUAUCAGAUCUUGGGUAAUCUUACAGAGCUAAAGGAUCAGUUAGAACUUGGAUUGAACUUGAACUCAAACGAGAGAAUAUAUUUGCAGGUCAGGAAUGAGAUUGGUUCUUCAGUUGAAGCCCCAGCAAUCAUUGAGGCAUCGGUGUUAGAUGGGACUCUCUUGCCAUAUAGAUUGAAGCAGCUAGCUCAGCUAAUCAAAGAACCUGACGUGGGAAACCUUGGGCUUAAUCACUCUGUAUUUGGUAAAGUAAAAGGAGUCCAGUUGUCAUCGUACCUACAACACUCGAUCUCAGAUUUGUCCCCUAGUCCAUCUCCUUCACCAUCUCCAUCUCCAUCUCCAUCCCCCUCUCCAUCACCUUCUGUAAGUGUGCCAGUAUCUUUGCCUCCAUCUGGGAGUGUCCCCUAUCCUGGACCCCCAACUUUUAGUCUGCCUCCUCGGGCUUCUCCCCCUUUACCGAACACCCCCCCUUGUUUUCCAUGUACUCACUGUAACCACUUUCCUCCAGCUGGUAGGCCAAAGUUAAAACCACCCUGCAUUGGUAGAGACCCUAAGCCGCCUCCAUUUGUGCACUCACCACAGCCAUCUGUUGUUCCACCCCCUUCAGUUCAUAAACCAUACCUUCCUCCAGCGUCUCCACCAAUUCCUGGCCAUGUAGAUCCUCCCCGUCCCUUACCAUCUCCUGACCAUGUGCCAAAUGCAGUCCCUGGACCAGCUUACCAAAUGAUGCCAAUACAUUCACCCCAAGUGCCUAAUUUUCGACAUUCUAUGCCUCCACGGAAGAAACGAAGUAGCAGAACAACCAAAUCUCCUCCGGUUGCUCCAUCUCCAUAUUCUCUCCAUUCCUGAAGUGAUGCUCGGAUUUCUUCAAAUGUUUGUUCUGCAUUGUCUACAAAGCUGUCCUUACUAUGAGGUCGCUGUGGUUGCAGUUUUGCUGCUUGGAACUUCCUGAACCAUGAAUGGGAGUGUGAUACUGCAAAGGCGGGUUUUGUUUUUCAGUAACUUUUAACUGCAUGAUGAAUUCCGAACCAUCUGAGGCGGAAUGUAACUGUAGAUAUAGGUCUAUAUGAUGCUAAUUUACAGGGUUUUAUGUCACGAAGGUGGCUGCCCUACGCCUUUACCAAAUUGUAAGGUCUCACCGAAGGUUGAGGGCUUAUUGGUAGAGAAGAAUGUAUUACACUGUUGACUGUAACAUAUUGAGCAUAAUACUACGGACAUGGUGUUU